ACAAGUAGGGCAAAAAGGGGGUAGAUUCUGGGCGGGGGGGGGCAGGAAGGAGAAAAAGUUAGGUGAAAUGGCCUGAGGGGCCGCGGUGGCGUUGAGAAAAAGAAACGUGAAAGAAAAGAGUUGUGUAAGGCAAAGGGGGUAGUGCUUGGUUAUGACUUGUCACCAACGCCUUAGAUUGCAUAGUUUGGGCUUGUUGCUGUGAAUGAUAUUUGUCACAGAAUGAGUACUAGACUCUUGACCAGGCCUGGAUUCAGAUAAACUGGGGACUUAAGUUAUGACAGAGCCCUGGUGGCACAGUGGUUAAGAUUUGUGCUGCUGACCAAAAAGGUCUGCUGUUCGAAUCCACCAGCCGCUCCUUGGAAACCCUAUGGGGCAAUUCUACACUGUCCUAUAGGGUUGCUAUGAGUUGGAAUUGACUCGACGACAACGGGUUUGGUUUUUUUUGGUUUAAGUUACGACAGAAAAAUUAGUCUACUUUUACAGAAACAAAGAAUUAGCUAGAAAGUUUUAAUUUGACACAUGUGCACAUUCUAUUAACGGGAAAGGGAAAGGAGAACAACCCUCAUGUUGCCUUCUUUGAAACAUUUUCCAGCUUUCCAAGGCAAAGUCAACCCUGCUGUACAUGUGUAGUAUAUUAAAGUUAUAAAGGUACUGACAGGAAUGUAGAGGCACUAUAUGGGAUUUACUAAACAAAAAUCUUUAUAGUUUGUUGUUGCUGUCUGUCUUAAUAAUCAAACAGAUUGAUUACGGUUAUCCAGGUCAGCAAAGUUUUUCGAAGAACAAAGUAAAUCGAUGACUUGAAUAUAGACAGGGCUCCUCAUCUCUAAGAUGUAGAACACGUUUUAUAUUCUCAACAAUUUUUCUUUAGACUUAAUCUUUCAGACACCUAGGGAAAAAACCUUCAGAAUUUAUGGGAAAGUAACUUAAAAUUUAAUGCUAUAUGAAGGUAAAGUAGGACAGUGGAAAUAAUCUAGAAGAGUGAGGAGAUCUUGGUUCUGGUGUGGCCCAGUUUCACUUGUUUGAACUUGGUCAACCAUCCCUGUCCCUGUUUUUUCCUUUGUAAAAAAAGAGAUUGAAUUAGAUGAACUCUAAGAUCUACUCCAACAUUAAGAUUUUGUGAAGAUAAAAGAAUCCUAAAUGAGCCAACCCCGAAACAAGGCAAAAGUGCUGAAGAAGCUAGUUUGGCUGAGUGCAUAAAGAGGAGUAGCUGGAAAUGAUGGGACUGGUAGGUUGGCACCAGGUGAUUUAAGACCUUGGCUGCCAUGCUAUGAAAUUUGAACAUAUUCUGGAGGCAAUGGCUAUUCAAAGGAAGGAUUUCGAGUUAAGGGAAUGCAGGAAUCAGAGUUUUGAAAAGAUCACCCAAACAGCAGUUGGUAGGAUGAAUUAGAGAAGGGAGAAAUCGAAUAGUUUAGGUGGCAGAUGAGAGCCUAAAGUAAAACAGUGGCAGUAGGAGUGGAAACAAAGGGAAAGUUUCAAGAGAGCUGUGUAGCAUAGAGUUUGAAGCGAAUUUUGGCAUUGUUGUAAAUUUUGCAGCUUAUACCUCCAGAAUAUGAUGGCAAGCCACCUUGUGAAACCUGAUACUAGAAGUUGCAAGAGACCAAGAGAGUUGGAGCCUCAAAUGCCAGAUAGUCCACAGCUGUCCUCUCUUGGAAAAUCAGAUUCAUCUUUCUCUGAAAGCUCUGGACUGUUUUAUAAAGAUGAAGCCCUGGAGAAAGAUUUGAAUGAUAUGAGCAAGGAAAUUAAUCUAAUGCUGUCUACAUAUGCAAAGAUCUUAAGUGAGAGAGCAGCCGUAGAUGCAUCUUACAUUGAUGAGCUAGAUGGACUCUUCAAAGAAGCCAAUACUAUUGAAAACUUCCUAAUACAAAAGAGAGAGCUCCUGAGACAGAGGUUUAUGGUGAUUGCAAACACACUGCACAGAUAAAGUUGUGUCUUUAAAACAAGCUGAGAAUUUAAGCUAUGUAUCCCAUUAUUAUUGUAAUGAAAAAAUAAUAUUUAUGCUUUGAAAUCUCUCUAGUUUUAAAAGAAAAUGUAUUCCUUAAACAUAGAAGGGGACAUUCCUUGAAUUUCUUUUCUAGAUUUAAAAGAAUCUUUAAACCGAACAUUAAUAUGAAGUAUGUUGUUUUGUUUUGAGGGUGGAAUAUUUGAGACAUUUUAUAAAAACAUACGUAGAUUCUUUCAUUUUUCUUAAAACUCCUACCCUUUCUUAUAAAAGGGACUUAAUGAGUUAAUUUGAUAAUGCUUAACAGUAUUGUACUUUUUCAUUUAUAGUAUUUUUUAAAGUAGCAGAUAGCUUUGGAGAUUGUUUUAAAAUGUUUUGUUCUUUUUUUAAUGGUCGUAUUAUUUAAAAAAAUUAAAACCUUAAAGAUAAUUUUUCUGUUUUUUCAAUAUGUAGUAAACUAUAACUGUGUGCUAUUGCUACUUAAUAUAAUUUGAUUAUCUUCACUCUUAGUUAUUAUGUAUGCCUGACAAAAAUUUUGCAUUUAAAAUUAUUUUCUUGUACUAAAAGAAAUAAAAUAAAAACCAGAAAUUAUUAACCAGAACCUUGUAUGAGUUGACUUUUUUAUGCAUUAACCAUAUCAAUGUGUGCAGUUAAUUGAUUAUAUUCAGAAGCCUUAGCAGAGUAUGGUAUGGAAUGAAGGUUAGUGGUCCAGAAGUAGAAAUUGGCUUAAACAACAAGACAACCUUGGCAAGUCACUUCAGUCCUAUUAUAAUUCAGAAAUUUAAUUUGGAUUACAGGAUCUCUAAUACCAAUCUAGCUAAAAAAGUUCCCCCUUUCAUGUUAGGUACUGCAACUAUCUUAUUGAAAACUUUCAAUAUGCUAUAUAAAUACAUGGAAUAACUUUAUUAAUCAGAUUAUUGUUAAAUCACAGCACCUAUUUUUCAAUCAUAUAGAAAAUCCAAUUUAUAUUAUGUGUGUUUUGCCAAUAUAAACAAUCACAAAUUUGGACCCACUUGCAAAUAGUACCACAGGGAAUUUGGCAUUCCUCAGGUAGAAAGCAUGUUUACCUUGCUGCUGCCUGAAGUAAAAUAAAAUCUCAUUUCAUUAAAGUAUUAUUAAGGCAUAUAUAAACUGUAUAACAAAUACCCAUACAAAAAAAGGAUGACAACAGUAAAAUAAAAUAAUAUUUACCAAAAAAUUGGAUAUUAAGUAGAAAAGAUUAUUGUUGUAGAGAUAUACACUGAUGGCACAGG